AUGAAUGGAAAUACUGUCGAGGAUAUCGAGAUGGCUGAAAUGGAUGUUAAAAUAAGUGAGACACCGCACGGUACAAUUGAUUAUUCAAGUUAUCUUAAUAACAAUAAAAAUAAUCACUUAAAUGUCACUCCUAUUAAUUAUAAUAAUAAUAAUAAUAAUAAUAAUAAUAAUAAUAACAAUAAUAAUAUUAAUUAUAAUAAUAAUUGGUCAGGUUCGUUUGACAGCGCAGACAGUGGAUAUCUGUCAUGUACAUCAUCCACUGCAAGGAAGUCUAUCAGCAGGUCGAGGGAAGUUAAGAAGUACUGGCUGAGAAGCGAGCACCGAAAAUCAUUGAAAUUUAACAGCCUGAUAAAUGGCUCCGAGGAUUCUGGCUUCGAGGAGCCGAGUCUCGACGGAAAUGGCAGCAUUUCUAUGGACCGGAAUCAAUUUCGCGCGGAUUUAAAAAGCCACAGAUUGAGAAAUCGCAAUAGGGUUCAAUUGGGAGCAGUUACUCCUGCAACAGCGGUGUCUAAGACUCCAAUUACGCCGCUUUCGCCAUGCACUGCGACUACUUCGAGCUACAUGGCCUGCGAGCCGGUCCAGGAAGACGUCGAAAAAAUCCGGGCUGUGCCUCAAAGCACACCGUACAUUUGCAGCGAGGGUAAAUUAAUUGAACCAUUCAUCCCCCGAACUCCGGUGAAGCUUACCUUCUCGCCGAAGUCCAGCAAGCCUCCGGCGAUAACGUCGGUGGAGAAUAAAAAGUUUAGUAAGUUGAAGAUCAGCACUCUCGGCAAAAUUACCAAGCCCACUGGCUUGGUGGAACCCAGGAGGCUGAAUUUUAGCAAGCGUACUUGCACUAAUUGUAAAGUUGGUGGACGGCCGGAUUACACCGGAAGGGAAACUGUGGACAUUUUGAGCCUCUUGGGGGACAAAAGCAACCACUGGCGCGCUAUCGGGAAAAUCCUUUCGUAUUUAAGCCCCCAAGAUUUGUGCGCGAUAAGCAUGGUGUCUCAGGUAUGGCGGAAAAUUUGUUUGAGUGACACUGCUGCUAACUUGAGACGGCUGAACCAAGUUUACGUUAGGCAGAACACUAAGGAAAAUUUAGUGCUUAUUAGAAGUAAAAGUGACAUUACGUGCAGUCCUAAAUCUACGAGCAGGCGUUUUAAUCAGCUGAUAAAAUUCGGGAAGUGA